UUGGCAACAUUCAUGGCAGCGCGCACAACGACGAGUUCUGUUUAGUUGGCGAUGUCGUAGUUUGUACAGAUCGACCGCGGUUGCAGCUUUUUCAACGGUCUUCGCGAGCUCGAUCGUUUAUUACGACCGUCAAGAAUGGACGUUCUAAAAGCAGAGAUUGAGCGCAAGCGCAAAGAACUGGAAAACAGGAAGCUCGUCGGACCCCAGAGGAAGUUUUUCAAGCGGGAAGAGCUGAUCAAGCAGACGACUGAGGAGUACGAGCAACGACGCCGAGCCAAGCACCAGGACGAAGAUGACGAUGAGUCGUCAUCGUCGCUGUCAGUGGCCAGCCUCCUCAAGAAGAAGCAGGAGGACGAACGUGUGCUGCCAAGGAAAGAGGUGAUCAGGCGCCUUCGGGACCGUUCUGAGCCAAUACUGCUUUUCGGUGAGACAGAGACAGAAGCCUUCCAUCGACUGCGACGCCUGGAGAUUCUGGAGCCUGAGGUGGACAGGGGGCUCCGCAAUGACUUUCAGGAGGCAAUGGAGAAAGUGGACCAAAUCUACCUGGACGAGAUCCUCAAGUCGCAGGGCAAAACCGAAGAUGGGAAGUCGGUGCACGACGUCAAGGUCGAGAAUGACGGAACCACCUUGGAAGACAUCCAGAACAUAGCGCAAGAACUUGGCGAGCGCAGAAACAAGGGAAAAGAUGCGGAGAUGAUUCUUACUGCCCUGAGGUUCAUCCUGCAAAUGUGGGGCGAGCGGCUCAACUCUAGGCCCGAGCCUGAGAAGAUGUCGAUGCGGGGCAAACUGGCAUCGGCGACGUACGGCCAGACGCAGUCGUACCUGCGACCGCUGUUCAAGCGUCUCCGCAAGGGCUCCAUCCCCGAGGAUAUCCUUGAGCACCUGGUGCGCAUCGUUAAGAACAUGCUGCUCAAGGAGUACGUCAAGGCCAAUGAUGCAUACCUGCAGAUGGCCAUUGGCAAUGCCCCGUGGCCCAUUGGUGUCACCAUGGUGGGCAUUCACGCCCGAACAGGUCGUGAGAAGAUUUUCGCACAGAACAUUGCCCAUGUCCUGAACGAUGAAACUCAACGCAAGUUCAUUCAAGCGCUCAAGCGGCUCAUGACACAGUGCCAGCGACUCUUCCCAACCGAUCCAUCACGGUCUGUCGAGUACAACGCCUGAGCGACGCAACAGCUCCUGCAAGAUUGCCGUGAAAGCACGUCGAGUUUAAGGGGCCCCAGCUGAACUCGAGGACAGUGUUGUGGUAGCCGGGACCAGUGUGUGAACGACGUCUGCAUGACACAUACAAACCACCUCACCUGUGCACAUAACAACAAGUGCGAACUGCGUGCAUUGUCAUUGUGCUUUUCAUCAUUGCACAACAAUGACAACAGGUCAGACAUGCAGACAAUUUUCUUAUUUUGUCCCUGCUCCGUAGUCACUUCACGGGUGAAUUAAAACUGCAAGUUGGAUUUAUUCUGAAGCAAGUUUCGUGGCCAAGCCCAUGCGACUUGACUGCCCUGUGGACUAAAGCCACAUUGCAGUGUGAAGUCGGACUACUGCAAGUUUUUGGUCUUCACCGUGACGACUGUGCUGACAACAGCACAUUACUCUGCGGCAAGUCCCACAGCCAGAGCCCUGGCUUGGUUAAUGACUGCUGUGGUAAUGGCCUUUUCAGUCCCGAAUUACCAGUGCAUGGCUAGAAAAAGUUAAUUCCUCUAAAAUGAAGUCAUCCUGGAUCAAAUAUGUAUGUGAAAAAUAACCAACAGGCACUGCACACUUACAGGGGCAAAACAAAAUCUUGUUGCAUGAUUCUAAUUGGAAUCAUGGUAAUUGUAUGCAUUUUCACAAGAUCAAUGUCUGUUUGUUCAUGACAUAUUUUAUAUCGGGCUGUCAUAGACAAAUUUUCACAAAAAGAAAUGAUUUUAGAAGUGUUUUCUCAGCAUGAAUUUGUGAAGAGCACAAAGUGUUGCAUGCAUGUACAUAAGUCUCUCAAUGUGGAGUUUUUGUGCUGUUGAACAUGGCCAGUGUACACAAUGCUGUGAACACAUCUAAAUAAAAACUU